AUGCGUCGGGAGCGCACAGAGGGCGCACCGGGUUGUCAGUUCGCUCCGGCUCCCUUGCAGCGCUCGGUCGGUCGCUCGGUCGGUCGCUUGCCUGGUCGCGCGCACUGGAGUCUCGCGGCAGGAAUUUGGGGGAGUGGAAAUUCCGCUGUGACUUUAACCGCUCGACUCGUAUUCCUGACAUUUCUGCUGUGACGGCCAGUCAGUCGCUACGAACAGAGAGAGAGAGAGAGAGAGAGAGAGAGAGAGAGAGAGAGAGAGAGAGAGGUGGAGGAAUAAAGACUGAAAUAAGGAGCGAAGCUCUUGGAGAGCGGCGCUCAGAUGUUCCUCUCGCUUGGUUCUCACUGAAUAUCGCGUAACUACUGAUUUCUCCUUUUUUUUUUUUUGGAGGGGGAGUAAAUGCUCCUCUUGGAAGUACGAUAAUCAACCCUGUUUGCUGUUUGAUAAAGAAUCGAGUGCGCGCAGCUGCCACUUCUGGCGAACGGAUUUUUGUCUCCCUUUUUUUAAAAUUAUUUUUUCUUCUCCUGCUUUUGGAUUAUUAUCUUCUUUUUUUUUUCUUCUUCUUCUUUUUUUUUUGGGGGGGGGGGGGUUCUCGGAGAUGGCAAGUUGCUCCCUGACAGACGCGGGGAUCUGGUGUUGAAGCUCGCAGGAUGCUGCUGGGGACCCUACGACACGCAGAUUUCUUACUUUGAGACACUCAUUUCUCUUCUCUUUUGGACGUAAACCCCACUGGACGUGCCGCCGCUUCUAUUUUGUCUUUAUUUUCUUUUGACACAAUGUCUGUGUUGCACAAUCUAAGGAUGCGAAGUGGAAUGCUAUUGUUCCUUUUCACCCAAGUCAUCCUGGUUGCUUCGUUGACUCAGACCGAUAAAUGCGGGGGGGAUAUAGAGAUACACGCCGCGGACUACCUGACCUCCCCGGGAUAUCCGGGCGCCUACCCGCCCUCCCAGCAGUGCGUGUGGGUGAUAACAGCCCCGGAGCCUGGUCAGAAGAUCCUCAUCAACUUCAACCCGCAUUUUGAUCUGGAGGACAGGGACUGCAAGUAUGACUACGUGGAGGUGUACAACGGCGGGGACGAGCUCUCGCCCAUGUUGGGGAAGUUCUGCGGGAAGAUCGCACCGUCUCCGAUCAUCUCCAGCGGCAGCCAGCUCCUCAUCAAGUUCGUCUCUGACUACGAGACGCACGGGGCGGGAUUCUCCGUUCGCUACGAGGUCUUCAAGACAGGUCCAGAAUGUUCCCGCAACUUCACGGCUCCCAGAGGCGUCGUGAAGACGCCGGGCUUCCCCGAGAAGUACCCCAACAACCUGGACUGCACCUUCAUGAUCUUCGCCCCCAAGAUGUCCGAGAUCGUGGUGGAGUUCGACAGCUUCGACAUGGAGCCGGACACCACGCCGCCGCCGGGCGCCCUCUGCCGAUACGACUGGCUGGAGAUCUGGGACGGCUUCCCCGCAGUGGGUCCACACAUUGGCCGGUACUGUGGCCAGACGUCCCCGGGCCGUGUGGUCUCCUACACCGGCAUCCUGUCCAUGACCAUCACCACCGACAACGCCAUCGCCAGAGAGGGAUUCUCCGCCAACUACACCAUCCGUGAGAGGAACCUCCCCCCGGGACACGAAGACGAGGACUUUGCUUGCAUGGAGCCGCUGGGCAUGGAGUCGGGGGAAAUUUCCUCGGAGCAGAUCAGCGCCUCGUCCCAGUACAACUCCAACUGGUCCCCCGAACGCUCGCGUCUCAACUACCAGGAGAACGGCUGGACGCCCUCAGAUGACACCGUCAGGGAGUGGAUACAGGUGGACUUGGGAUUUCUGCGAUUCGUCACAGCCAUCGGGACUCAGGGAGCGAUCUCAAAAGAGACCAAGAAGCACUACUUUGUUGGCUCGUACAAAGUGGACCUGAGCUCCAACGGAGAGGACUGGGUCACCGUGAAGGAGGGCUCGAAGCAGAAGAUCUUCCAGGGGAACCACGACUCGACGGACGAGGCUCGCUCCGUCCUCCCCAAACAGACUCUGGCUCGCUACGUCCGCGUGCGCCCCAUGUCCUGGGAGCAAGGCAUCUGCAUGCGCUUUGAGAUCUACGGCUGCAGGACGUCAGACUACCCCUGCUCAGGGAUGCUGGGGAUGGUGUCCGGUCAGAUCUCAGAUGCUCACAUCGGCGCCUCGUCGUACGCCGACCGCGGCUGGGUGGCGGAGAACGCCCGCUUGCUGACGGGGAGAUCGGGCUGGACCGGCCAGCAGACCAAGCAGCCCUUCAGAAACGAGUGGCUGCAGGUGGAUCUGGGCCAGGACAAGAUGGUGAGCGGCGUGGUGAUCCAGGGAGGGAAGCACCGCGACAGGAACGUCUUCAUGAAGAGGUUCAAGGUGGGCCACAGCCUGGACGGAGACGAGUGGACCGUCGUCAAGGAGGACAACACCACCAAGCCCAAGAUCUUCCUCGGGAAUCAGAACCACGACACCCCAGAGCUGAGGUCCAUGGGUCCCCUCCUGACCCGCUACGUCAGGAUCUA